GGCGAAUCUGUAGCUGCCAGUGUUUGGGUCCUACAGCCAAUGAUAUGGAGAAGUUUGUCUGCAGAAGUUAGCCGAAGCUGCACGUUUAGGACCGUAAAAGUUCUACUUUACUCAAACUGGGGUUAAUGUGAUUUUCCAACGGAACGAAAAGAGCUAGGUGCCAUGACGGUAGUAAUCGGGUUUGAAGGUAGUGCCAAUAAGAUUGGUAUAGGCAUCAUCAAGGAUGGUGAAGUUCUCUCCAACCCUAGACGGACCUACAUUACUCCUCCCGGUCAAGGGUUCAUGCCGAGUGACACAGCCAGGCACCACCGCGCUGUCAUACUGACUGUCCUGAAGGAGGCGCUGGAGCAAGCAGGGCUGAAACCUGCAGACAUCGACUGUAUCGCAUACACUAAAGGUCCUGGCAUGGGUGCCCCCUUAGUAACAGUUGCCCUAGUGGCCCGUACAGUCGCACAGCUUUGGGGAAAGCCGCUGCUCGGCGUCAACCACUGUAUCGGACACAUAGAGAUGGGCCGACUCAUCACCAAAGCCAACAACCCCACUGUGCUCUAUGUUAGCGGGGGCAACACACAGGUUAUUGCCUACUCGGAGCGGCGCUACAGAAUAUUUGGUGAGACCAUUGAUAUUGCCGUUGGGAACUGUUUGGACAGGUUUGCUAGAGUUAUUAAGAUUUCCAAUGACCCCAGCCCAGGCUACAACAUUGAGCAAAUGGCCAAAAAAGGGAGUCAGUAUGUGGAGCUGCCAUAUACAGUGAAAGGAAUGGAUGUGUCAUUCUCUGGGAUUUUAUCCUACAUUGAGGACGCUGCUCAUAAGAUGCUAAGCUCUGGUCAGUGUACAGCAGAAGACCUUUGUUUCUCACUUCAGGAGACCCUGUUCUCUAUGCUGGUGGAGAUCACAGAGAGGGCCAUGGCUCACUGUGGCUCCCAGGAAGUCCUCAUCGUCGGGGGUGUUGGCUGUAACCUACGUCUUCAGCAGAUGAUGGAGGUGAUGUGUAAGGAGAGGGGAGCCAAGCUGUUUGCCACAGACGAACGUUUCUGCAUUGACAACGGAGCGAUGAUUGCUCAAGCUGGUUGGGAGAUGUUUCGGUCCGGUCAGGUGACUGCGCUGGAAGACUCAUGGAUCACACAAAGGUAUAGAACAGAUGAAGUGGAGGUGACGUGGAGAGACUGACUGCACUGAGGGACCCCGUGGUUCUAAGUACAUAGCUGCAGCAGGUCUGUCAUGACACUGGAUGUAGUACACUUGGCCUCUAAAGGGACUCAUGUUACAGCUCUGUAGCAAAUGAUUGGGUUUCUACAAAUAAGACUAUUUUUAAUAAAAUAUAUUGAGGUUUGUAGUAGUUCCUGUUUACUUAAGUUUAAACUGUAAGUACAGUGAUGUUGUACAUUUGUUAUUGUCAGCAAACACACAAAUCAGGCUCAAAGCCAUCGAUGAGUCAGGCCUUAGUUGAGCAGGUUACCUUUUUUCAGUCUCACGUACAAGCUUGCUGUUGCCAUAAAUGCUCAAACCAGAUGUGUAUUGCUCAACAGUGCAAAUAAAUCCACAACUAAUACAACUUCCUCUUUGAACAAUAUUUGAUUGUCUGGUUGUGUAAGAAAGUUGCUGAAAAGUGGGGUUUCGUUCUUUUCUUUGGAUUAAAAUCUUGUGUAAGGACGGAGAGGUAAGGGGUCAGAUUUUAAGUGUCACAUUUGAACAGCAAAAUGCAAACAGGAGCCCGCUGUGAAGAACUAAUUUUUUGUCUACUGGAGAAAUCUUGAUAUAUAAAAUCUGUUGUUUUUUUUUAGGGCGUAGCUUGUUUCUGUUUUCACAGCGAUUAGUUCCUGUUAAAUGUAAAUGUAUACUCACUUGCUAGUUCGAUAGGUACACUAGUGAACUCAAAAUGAAACUGUUCUACUGCAACACAUCUUCAUGAAGGUUACAGUGUUCAGCAUUUGUUCUAAACAACAGAUGUAUUGAUUCAGCUGUGUUGUCAUUGUGCUAUCGAAUUGUACCAACAUACAUUUGUUAUUUUGACAGCCUCAUUUGUCAGUGGGCUAGACCAAAAAGCAGAAACUCUUUACCACCACAAACUACAUUCUUCACAAUGACCACGUUUCUGCUGCUGGUUUAACAUAAACUGAACAUUGAACAGUCAUGAAGGAGGAUUUGGAUUUCCAAAUAGAAUUCUGGGUGACGUGUUCUUGGGAUUCAGUUCUUGUCUAAAUAAAAAGGUCCAUGGAUCUUCAAGUUUAUUCAUUUUUAUUAAGCAAUACUGUUCUCUUACAUUCCUCCUCCAGUGUAAUUUUUUUUUUAAUUCAAUAAACUCUUUUCAAAAAUCAACAUACUGAACAUGGUGACAUCCCUUAUGGAUUUGUGAGUAACAUUCACCCGAUUAGGGAUCAAAUAAAAACAAUGAAAGGAGCACAGCAUUAAGAUCUGACGUGGUAAAGGGUGAACUCUACUGUGCCUUUGACUACACCCUUCUGUAAACUGAGACACUGGUACAGAAGUCCUCUGCGUACAUUAAUAAAACUCAAGCAGGUACGAGACAUUCUCCUGGUUUACAUUAGAGACGGGGCAAAAAUAAAUCACUCUGGUGAGGGCUUCUCGCACACAAGGAUUGGUCACAACAGAUUUUUUUUUUUUAACAAAGUGCUUGAUUGACCACUCGCUUUACAGAGGACAAAGUUUGAUAAAACCGCAGCUUUCAAAACGGAACAAAAAAAUUAAAUUACAACUCCUCAGAGAUU